GAUGAGGGUAUAGUCUGCACUUGAAAGUGGGUUUAGCAGUGACCUUGCCCAGCUUGGUUUGGCAGCUGAGUUGUUGGAUUAGGGAGCUUCAGAGGUUGUGUUCUGUCAUCUCUCUAUAAAGCCGAAAAGCAUCCCUGGAAUUGUAUUUGCUGGUUCUCAGUACAGCUAUUUAACUGGAAUCUGGAAACAUUUUCCCUGAGGGCUCUUUUUAGACAGCAGUAAAAUGUAGCUGGAGACAUACGGAGUAAAUGGAAAAGAAAAAUCAAAUUAGGCCAAGAAUGUUUUUAAUCUCCUAUUCUCACUGAAGCCCUCAAGGAGAACACCAUAAUUCAUACUUCACUCAUGUGGGUCAGGCAUAAAGCCCUCUCCAUAGAUCUAAUAACCUGUAAAUGUUCUGGUUUGAAAUUGCACCUGCCCACUUUGCUGGAUCAAGUACAUUGUGCAGCAGUGGUUUCUGUUUCGACUGUUCAUUGCUUGGGAAUGUCACAUUGCCAGAGAGCAGCCCAGAGUUUACUUCCAAAUGGGUGAAGCCUUAGGAAGGGAGUUUUAAUUACAAUCUCAUGUAGCGACACUGGGCACAACCUGCAGAGGGGCCGACAUUUGCACUGUGCAUGCUUCUUACAGCAGUGCAGAAAACACACAGCUGACCGGCUCAUGUAAAACGGGCAGCAGAGUCAGCAGAGCCUUAGAAAAGUGACACAGCAAGCGAAACAAAGCCGGAUCUUCCCUCAUCCCACCAAGCAUGCAAGGCUCCCUGCUCCCUUUUUAAAGCAAGAUAACCCAGUUGGCAUUUGCCCUUCAAACUCCCCAGUUUGAUAUGGAACCUGUGUCCUAGGAGCUUUAGCCAUUAAUAAGAGACCUGGGAGUCAACGGGCUCUGAGGUGUGUGGCAGGAGUAUAUGAGACCGAAUCCUGCUCCCCUAGGAAAGCCCUCUUCUUCUCACUUGCUGCAAUGCAGUUUGUGCCGCCAAAGGUGGUAUAUCAAAACUCUGGCAUUUUCAGCCAAAGCAGGAGCCAUUUAGAAAAAUUCAGGGGAUGCUCAAGAGGCUGUGCGUGCGUGCAAGCAUGCGUGUGCGUGUGUGUGUGUGUCUAUUCAGUAAGCCUGCCUGUGGUGCAGCUCUGACGUAAAAAAUAUUUUUAAAAUCCUCCUCUGGGCACAGAUACUCAGGAGCCAGGCACUGGACAGGGAGCAUCCUUGAAGGGCACUGUCACCUGAAAACAGAGGGGCAAUCGGAUCUUUGUCUUCAGCAUUUACAUAAUUAUAAUGUGAUAUUGCUCGUGUUGAGAGAUUCAUCCUUUGCAUUUUGGAACUAAGCCUUCCUGGUGUUCAGAGAAUUGCCUUCUGUCUGUUCAGCUCAGCAUGCCAAGAGGCUGGAGAGGUCCCCAGCAGCCCGGAUGCAUUCUCUGUUUUGGGAAGGUAUUUGCUUCAAGAAACCAUGAAGUCACUCCUGGCCACAUCGUGGAAUUGUUUUGUGCUUUUUAAACAGCCUUUAGAUUUCUUCUAUUUGCCAGAAAGGUUGGGUCUGUUUCAGAGGAAUCUUCUGUUUUCUAAGGCUGGCAAGGGCAUAAAAUGACAUGAGAGUGUCUUGGCAGAACUCCAGAUUCAGGCAAGAUUUUCCCAAGCACCUACUAUGUUCAAAACACCUUGCAGGGAUAUUCUAGAGAAUCUUAACUCUCAAAACUUUGAAGGCAAUGGCUGAAAAAGAAAGAUGAACACCUGGAGCCUCCCUCUGGAAAUGGUUGAGUUUCACCACAACCACUGGCAAGUGUGGCUUUUUCCAUCAAAAUCUGGUGUCUUCAUGUGCUGUCCAGCAUCUCCCGCAGGUCAGAUGGAGCUUAGGAAGACAAGGGAGCCUAGUAAUAAACGAGUCAAACCUCUUUCCAGAGUCACAUCCCUCGCCAACCUCAUCCCACCCGUGAAGGCCACGCCGUUAAAGCGCUUUAGCCAAACCCUGCAGCGGUCCAUCAGCUUCCGCAGUGAGAGCCGUCCCGACCUCCUGGGCCCCCGACCCUGGUCCAGGAAUGCUGCCCCCUCGAGCACAAAGCGGAGAGACAGCAAGCUGUGGAGUGAGACCUUCGAUGUGUGCGUCAAUCAGAUGCUCACGUCCAAGGAAAUCAAACGGCAGGAGGCGAUCUUUGAGCUUUCUCAAGGAGAAGAAGAUUUAAUAGAGGACUUGAAAUUGGCAAAAAAGGCCUAUCACGACCCUAUGCUGAAACUCUCCAUAAUGACAGAACAGGAGUUGAAUCAAAUUUUUGGAACACUGGACUCCCUGAUUCCUCUCCAUGAAGACCUCCUUAGUCAGCUUCGAGAUGUCCGCAAGCCCGAUGGCUCGACUGAGCACGUCGGUCCCAUCCUCGUGGGCUGGCUGCCUUGUCUCAGCUCCUACGACAGCUACUGCAGCAAUCAAGUAGCUGCCAAAGCUCUGCUGGACCACAAAAAACAAGAUCACCGAGUCCAAGAUUUCCUGCAGCGAUGUUUAGAAUCCCCCUUUAGCCGAAAACUAGAUCUCUGGAAUUUCCUGGAUAUUCCACGAAGCCGUCUGGUGAAAUACCCUCUGCUGCUUCGAGAAAUCUUGAGACACACACCAAAUGAUAAUCCAGAUCAGCAGCACCUGGAAGAAGCUAUAAACAUCAUUCAGGGAAUUGUGGCAGAAAUCAAUACCAAGACUGGAGAAUCUGAAUGCCGCUAUUAUAAAGAGCGACUUCUUUACUUGGAGGAAGGCCAGAAAGACUCUCUAAUUGACAACUCAAAGGUGCUGUGUUGUCAUGGUGAACUGAAGAACAACCGGGGCGUGAAACUACAUGUCUUCCUCUUCCAAGAAGUGCUUGUUAUCACCCGCGCCGUUACCCACAAUGAGCAGCUCUGCUACCAGCUGUACCGGCAGCCUAUCCCCAUGAAGGACCUCCUGCUGGAAGACUUGCAGGAUGGGGAAGUGAGGCUGGGUGGCUCCCUGCGCGGGGCGUUCAGCAACAAUGAGAGAAUUAAAAACUUCUUCAGAGUGAGUUUCAAAAAUGGAUCCCAAAGUCAGACCCACUCAUUACAAGCCAAUGACACAUUCAACAAACAGCAGUGGCUCAACUGUAUUCGCCAAGCCAAAGAAACAGUUCUGUGUGCCACGGGGCAGGCUACAGUCCUUGAUUCUGAGGGACCAUUCCUAGAUCCCGCCACCGGGAGCAGGGAGCCACAGGGAGAAACAAAACUUGAGCAGAUGGACCAAUCAGACAGUGAAUCGGAUUGUAGCAUGGACACGAGUGAGGUCAGCCUCGACUGUGAGCGCAUGGAACAGACAGACUCUUCCUGUGGGAACAGCAGGCACGUUGAAAGCAACGUCUGACAGAAGCGUGUGCUUCCUGGAAGUCGCCCUGUGUCUUACCUGUACAGUAUUUGCAUUCCACAUGUGGAACGGUUUGGAGAAGCACUUUUUCACGCUUUUGUGACUGUGUUGACCCAGUUUCUUCUGUCUGUACUCUUUUGUCUCUAGUACUGUAACUGCCAAUUUGUGUCAGCUGGAAUCUGUGGCAACUGUUACCCUGUAUUGUUUUUCCCAAGUGUCUGGAUGGGUGGAUAUGUACUUGAACAAGUUAUCAAUAUUUUCACUGGUCCUGCUGGAUUUUAAAAAAUAGAAAACAGCCUCUAAUCUGCUGUUUCAUAUAGAUUACUUUUAAAGGAUCCUUCCUCAUUUCUCUAGUACUUUUCUAGCUCUUUGACAGAAUAGCUAAAGGCAUGAAUUUUCAAGGGCCUUCCUUGCAAACAGGGCAUGAGGAAGUUACCUGUGUAAUCGUUAUGGUGUUUGAAGGAAACUGGGAAAGAUCAUUGUUUCAAGUUAAAUCGGUCUGAUAUCAUCCAACCAAAAAGCAGGAAAACAUCCCUGGGGAUUCUGAAGGUUUAAUUUCGCAAAGGAAGAAGCGCUCUCUUGACCUUGCAAUUUCAUCCAGUACAAAUCUGAUGCAAUAAUUUACUAGGAAAUGAAAUAAAGUCUGACCUUAAAAGGAUCAGCACAAAAGCGGCUGUCAACUCUGAAUCUUGAACUGAAGUGUAUAUUGUAUGAGGAGGGCUCUGCCAUAGAUGCUGGCUGGCCUUAGAUAGGCAUUUCUAGCCUAAAACAUCAGAACAGAACUCAUCGGGCCUGGGAAAACCUGGCAGGAAUAGCAGAAAGGCCCUCUUCACUUUGUUUCCUCUGCCUCAGCCCACUCAUAUUUUAGAGCAUGAAUGAAGAGAUGACGGAGAGGCUGUGGCUGCGUCAGUGACUCUGUUUAUAGAAACAUGUGAGAAGAAUUUGGAAGAAGUCCUCCAUCAUGACCUUGUGUCGGAAGCAUUAAAAAAGAAAAGCAAAGUCCAGUGUCCUUCUGGGAAAGAUCAGAGCCUGGGGUUUUCCUGCUUCACUUUCGGGUCAUCAUUUGCCAUCAUUGGCUCUGUGCUGGGAGCAGAAUCAUAAUUACAUUCUCCAGAGGCUGACUUAAUUAACUCCGUCAUCAAUCAGCAUGCGUUGGCCAAACUAGUAACCUCUUUGUCCAGCCUUGAUUUACAAUGUAGGGUGAGCCGCAGACCUUUGAAAAAAGUUAACUGAAUACACAGAAAAGCUCUGCGUGAGUGUAAAUGUUAAAGAUGACUGGUGCAAAAUUGUACCCACACCAGCACUAGUAGUAAUGAUUCUAAAUUAUUGCCAAAAAGCUUUUUUUUUAAUCUGUGUCUUUCAAGUUUACACAAAGGAGAGCAGUAAAUACUAUGUUGUCAUUUUAUUAUGUACAUCUAUCGUGUGCAUUCAGAAAGCUGUGUGACGAGAUUUAUCAAUGUAAAAACAAGGUAUAGUACUUAUUUUUCAAAAAUAAAAGAAGUCGUCAAUUUUACCCUGUAAAACAUAUUUCUGUAUUUAUAGAUUUUAAACUUGGUGAAUUUUUUUUUCUAUUACAAGUUUAUUUAAAACUGCUUUGUUUCUUAAGUUGAUAUUGAUUUACCAACUGACUGACUGAAUCUGCUGCAGACAGAAGCAGAGAAAAGCCAAGAAUAGUUGUUUGAUGGUGAAGAAAAGAAUGAAUCAUUCUUUGAAGGAGCCAUCGGCCACUUUGGGCAGCAUGUUGAGAAAAGAGAUCUGUCAAGGACUGGCCUAUGAGAAGAAAGUCAAUGAAUGUUUUCAUGAAAUGAAUGUUUUUGUAUAAUGGCCUUAAACUUUUCUGGAAGCAUUUCAAAUAAAUUACAUUAAAAAUGUCA